UGCACACAUCUGAUGAUGGCUUAAGCAUACAAAUUGUAUUUGGUAGACAACUAUCUGGGUUUGUUGUUAGAACAAUGUUACCAACUAUGGUAGCGAAUACCCUAGGAUAUCUGACCAUCUUUUUUGAAGAAGAAGCAUUUGAAGCUGCACUAGGGGUUAAUCUGACCAUUGUUCUGGUUAUUGUCACCAUGUUGGUUGAAAUAGGGAAGGAGUAUGCAAAGACUACAAGUUACAUCAUGGUACAACUAUGGAUGAUAGUUAGUGUUAUGAUGCCUUUCUUGGAAGUUGUGCUCCAAACCUAUGCAUUUCAUUUAAGAAAAUCUAGCAAGAAAGUAAACGAUGAAAUACCAAAAAAGACUGGAAUGAAACACUGGAUAAGUGAUGAAGGUUUGGCUAAACAGAAAGAUAGUGUGUUGAAUAUUGAAGAGGUAAGAAAUAGGAAGCUUAGAGUUAUAACAUGGAUACUGAAGAAGGGAAUUCUGGUGGGAUAUCUUUCAUUCGUUGCAAUCUUCUUCAUCACAGGUAUGGUUUCUAAAGAGGCAGCUCUUGAUGAAAAAACAAAUGAAUAAAACAUAUAAAAACCUGUAUUAUGUCGCAAUAAAAUACUUAUGACAACGCAACAGUGAGAUCUCAUAUAAAUUUGUACUUUAAAAAUCUGUAUGUUUAAUAAAUAAUAAUAUAAAUAGA